CAAAACACACAUACACACACAUGCUUGAAGCUUUUCUCUCUCUUACACUCCCUCCAAUUGUUAGGUGUCCUCUAAAAUAUUACCAUAGUGAUAGAGAUCAUUGUCUCCUACAAUCUCCAAUUGUUAGGUUUUUUGCAGUUGACUUCCAGGAUCAGAGGUAAUUCAGUUGUCUAUCUUUAUCAUCACUAUUCAUCACCAUGUCCAUGUUUAGGCGUCGUGGAUCACAACGACAACAACAAGAACAAGAACAUCAUGAGCUUCAUCCUGAGUCUAAGAUCAAUGAGCUUAAAGCAGCACUUGGUCCUCUUUCUGGGUGUAGUUUAUUAUAUUGUACUGAUGCAUGCUUGAAAAGAUAUCUUGAAGCACGAAAUUGGAAUGUAGAGAAAGCGAAAAAGAUGUUGGAAGAGACCCUUGCGUGGAGAUCUACCUAUAAGCCUGAAGAAAUCCGUUGGAAUGAGAUCGCUAAAGAGGGUGAAACCGGGAAAGUAUUCAAAGCAAAUUUCCAUGACCGUUUUGGAAGAACCGUUCUAAUAAUGAGACCAGGACGACAGAACACAACAUCAAUGGACAACCAAAUCAAACAUCUAGUGUACUUGAUAGAAAACGCAAUCCUUUAUCUUCCAGAAGGCCAAGAAGAAAUGGUAUGGCUCAUAGAUUUCACCGGAUGGUCUCUUAGGACCAAUGUCUCAAUUAAAACCGCACGCGAAACCAUCAACAUUUUACAAAAUCAUUACCCUCAAAGGCUAGCCGUUGCCUUUCUCUAUAGCCCACCACGCCUUUUUGAAGCAUUUUGGAAGGUUGUUAAGUACUUCUUGGAUCCAAAAACAUUCCACAAGGUGAAAUUUGUGUACUUGAAGAAUAAAGAGAGUGUGGCGCUAAUGGAAUCUUGUUUUGAUGUGGAUAAUCUUCCGACUGAAUUUGGUGGAAAGGCGACUAUGAAAUAUGAUCAUGAAGAAUUCUCAAGAUUGAUGAUCCAAGAUGACGUUAAAACCGCUAAAUUUUGGGGUUUGGACAAAAUUACCCUUGUGGAAACUAAUGGGCAUGCUACUCCAGCAUUGGUUGCAUAAGAGUUGAGUCACUUGAACGUUACAAUUGUUGUAUAAAGUUUAUAUAGACAGGAUCAAUUUGUGAUGUUUUUCCUGAAUUUUGUUGAGGAACCUUGAAUUCUCUAUCUAUUGGUGAAGUUUGAUGCUUCUAUUAUUCCUAAUGGAACUUUGUACUCUGUUUUGUA